AUGUCAGAACUGGAGACAGUUGAGGUCCAGGCACGGGACGUUUUAUUGCGGUGGAUUUAUAUUGGAGAUAAUGAAACGCUUACAUGGCAGCUAAAGCCGCACAAAAAGUCUAUAAGAUGUGGAAUAUGGCGUUUGCAAUCUGUUAUAAAGGUUCCUAUACAGGAUAAAGGGGAGAGGCAGCUGCUGGCAGUUUCGCCAAAGGCAACACAUCGACGUAUGUUGUCAAAACAACGAGGAAACACAAGAGAUGGAGUACUAAAAGAGCGUUUGAAGAGGGCUAGAUUAACAGAAGUGGUGCCUUUGAUGCGGUGUGAGGCAAAUCUUGUUGAAAAAGGGAGUUAUCAUGUGGGACCCAACUUGUUAAUUUGGUACUUUGAAGACAAUACAUUUUCAAAGCAGACAUCGAAGAUUGUGACAUAUGUGCUGACAGCGUAUUCAGCAUUUCCAUUACAGAUUUUGUCGUCUCAAAAUACAUCAAUGCAUAUGAUAUUUGAUACUGAUUCAUCUUCGGUCUAUUCUGGCAUUUUGCUUAAAAAGAGGCGAAGAAAGCUUCAAGGAUGGGCCCGUAGGUAUUUUACACUUAAUAUUUCCACAGCAGUUCUCGCAUAUACUGGAUCAACACGUUCAAUUCUUCGUGGUGUUAUCCCGCUUUCAAUUGCAGCGAUUAGUGUCAAUCCUAAAUUGAAAAAUAUUAAUAUUGAUACUGGCACUGAAGUAUGGAAUCUUCGUGUAUUAUCGGAUAAAGAUUGGGUCGGUUGGUGUCGAGCGAUUGAAAAAGCUAUGAAAAAUUGUCAUAUUAAGCGUAUGGAACAGCAAAGUAUUCUUGAUACAGAUGCAGUUUUGCCUAAAACUCAGUAUGAAAAUUUAAAUCGCCAACUUUGGUUGAAGGUUGAAAAUCUUGCGGAAAAAAUUGGUCUUAUUAAAUUGGAAAUCAGUAAGAUGAUUCAAGAAUGUAGUGGAAAUGAUAUGAGAAAUUGUUCUAAUAAUGAGAACUGUCGUGAAAUAUUGGGAUCUAGAAAUAAUGAACAGAAUAUUAAUACAUUGGUAUCUUUAAGACAUAAAAAUAAUUAUUCCUCAUCAACACUUGGUAAGUUUGCUACUAAGAUUGUAGUUUUUUUUCUAACGCUUAAAGAUGAUUCAACGUUAGGGCUAAAAUUAUCAACGCUUCAAAUUGAAUUAAUUAGUUCUGAGCUUGAAGAUAUUUCUACACAAUUUAAAUCGAUAUUAUCCGAACAUCGUGUUUUAGAUCAACAUACGUUAUGUAUAUCUGCAUUAAAAACGCCUGACAUUUCCAUAAGUUCUGUUAAUUCAAGAGCUAGCAUAGAUACUACUCUUACAAGAGAAGCAUGGUUUGAUGCACAAGAAAUACCAGAAAGCGCUACCCCAUAUAUAUUAAUUAGUAAUGCAGUUGAAGAUGGCGUUGUAGAGGAAUCAACAAGCGAUGAUGAAAAUAGAGUCCCCAAAUGUCUUCGACCUCAUGUUAUUAAAAAAUUAUCUCGCGAUAAGAAUGUGGCAUGGAAUAAGAAUAAACGAUCAUUAUAUCCCCUUCCAUAUCCAAAUAGAGUUCAACGUAGGAAUAAUAUUCCCCCAAUUACAGUUCCACCACCAAGUCUUUUAUCUUUUUUAAGAAAGAAUGUUGGAAAAGAUCUUUCGUCAAUUACUAUGCCAGUGCUGGCAAAUGAACCUUUAAAUCUUCUUCAAAGAGCUGCAGAGGAUUUAGAAUAUUGCGAAUUAAUUAAUCAAGCUGUUACUCGGCCGAAAAAAGAUGGUGAACGGAUUCUUUUCAUAGCGGCUUUUGCAAUUAGUUCAUUUUCUAGUAUGCGAUGUAAGGAACGGUUGGUCAGAAAGCCAUUUAGUCCUUUAUUGGGUGAAACUUUUGAACUUGUAAGAGAAGAUAAAGGCUAUAGAUUUCUGGCUGAAAAAGUUUCUCAUCGACCUGUGAUAAUCGCUUGUCAUGCUGAAUCAUCUUCAUGGUCAUAUUCUCAUUCUCCUAAACCAAAACAGCACUUUUGGGGAAAAAGCGUUGAGUUAGCCACUGACGGUUGUGUUCUUCUCAGGUUAAUUACUGGAGACGUUUAUUCGUAUAGGAAGCCUACAACAUUUCUUCGAAAUGUUGCAUUUGGAGAAAAAUAUACUGAGCCAGUAGGACAUAUGACAAUUGUAAAUGUUUGUUCAGGAGAAAAAGCAGUGGUUUCAUUUAAGCAAGGAGGGAUAUUUUCAGGAAGGAGUGAAGAAUUAUCUGUUCAGGCGUUUAGUGAAACUGGGGCCCUUCAGCCUUUAACACUGUCUGGUCGUUGGACAAGUUCUUUAAUCUUACAAAGAACUGAUGCUAAAUACAAAGAAGAAGUUAUAUGGACUGUAGGCGAGUUAGUUGAUGAACCAGGAUCUCACUGUGGAUUUACUAAGUUUGCAGCUACUCUUAAUGAGAUUACAUGUAUUGAAAAAGGGUUCCUUCCAAGGACUGAUACUAGAUUAAGAGAAGAUCAAAGAAGUAGAGAAAAUGGCAAUAUAGACGAUGCAGAGAAAAUAAAAAUAUUUUUAGAAGAAGAGCAAAGACAAAGAAGAAAAAAGAUGGAAGCAGAAGGCAAAGAAUGGGAACCUAGAUGGUUUACAUAUGAUAAAAAUAAAGAUCCCUCUUGGCUUAUUAAAAAUGGUGAAGAUAGUUAUUGGAUUCAACGAAAAAAGCAAAAUUGGACGGGUAUACCUGAGCUUUGGUGA